CUCUCUCUGCGGCAUACGGCAUAUCGUAGCUAAAUCCACUCGGAUCUGUGGUCUGGGUGCAGUGCGUAAUGAGCUGUGCGCCUCCAGGAGCCGCGCGUCGACGCUGCUGUGCGCAAACCAAACCAACUGAACCAAAAUAGUAGAGAAACAUGAAUCUGUCCUCCACGAACUCCUCUGCGUGGAAAGCGGAGUCCGUGCUGAUUUCGGUGGGAUUUUCUCUCAUCUUUCUGCUUGGCAUCGCGGGGAACUCUCUGGUCCUUGCAGUUCUUUGUCGCAACGGACAGAUGAGCACCAAGACCACCAACAUGUUCAUCUUCAGUCUGGGGGUGGCCGACCUCUGCUUCAUUGUUUUCUGCGUGCCGUUCCAAGCGACCAUCUACACCCUGGAUCAGUGGGUCUUUGGUCCGGUGCUUUGCAGAGUCGUGCACUUCAUCAUCUUCCUCACCAUGUACGCCAGCAUCUUCACACUGACCGCCGUUUCCCUGGACAGGUAUUUAGCCAUAUGUUACCCACUUCGCUCCCGGCAGAUGAGGACUCCAAAGAACGCCCUCAUCUCCAUCUGCCUGGUUUGGUCUUUGGCUUUGGUUUUCUCCACACCAUACCUUAGCUACUUCUCUCAGAUGGACCUUGAUGGCACCUUGCUGUGUAUUCCUGCCUGGGAGCCCAGACCUCGCUUCAUAAUGGACUUGUGGACCUUCAUCUUUGGAUACCUCAUCCCCGUCCUGGUGCUCAGCCUCACAUAUGCUCGCACCAUCCGCUACCUGUGGACCAGCGUAGAUCCUGUCAAAGACAAGUCAGAGUCAAGGCGUUCCAAGCGGAAAGUCACCAAAAUGAUCCUGAUUGUGGCUGCUCUAUUCUGUCUCUGCUGGCUCCCUCAUCACCUCGUCAUCCUCUGCAUGUGGUUCGGACAAUUCCCCCUCAACCACACAACAUACGCCCUACGCAUCCUCUCCCAUUUGGUGGCCUACGCCAAUUCUUGCCUCAAUCCCAUUGUCUACGCACUCGUCUCCAAGCAUUUCCGCAAAGGUUUCCAGAAGGUCUUCAGCUGCUCGAGGACGAGGAGGGAGGAGAACAGGGUGCACGUCAUCCAGGCAGUGAACACAGUCAGCAAUAUUGAGACGAGACCCUCAGAGGAAGAAGCAGCUUCCACUGCAACCUGACAGAAGAGAAACUCUGAGAAAUGUCUCUUAAAAAUGAUAAAUUCUGUAAAUAUUAUUGAUUUUGUUGCUAUUAAUAAUUGGUAAAAAAAAAAAAAAAAAAAGUGAAAAAGGAACUUUGAAGGAAGAUGCAGACUGUUUUUAUUUAUUAUUGUUGUUAAAAUUAUUCUCUGUGUUGGCAUAACCUUAGGUGUUAGACUAAAGGCUAAAAGGUUGUUCCUACCCAAAUGUAGUUUUAUCCAUUUGAUAAACACCAGCCUCAUGCAGGUAUAGAUUCUCAGUCACACAGGGCAUGACCUCAGUACUUAAGAAGGUAAUUGGACUUCUUUCUUGCUUCUGUUUAAUCUCUCAUCCUUGUUCCGAACUGAUGAAGCCUUUAGUUUCUGUUGUGAUUUUUUCUUUAGAUUCUACACACACAGGCUGUGUCUAUUUUCUAAGCAGUAUGGUGGGAAAUUACCAUGCUGAUAUUCUUGUGCAUAAAUAUUUGAAAAGACAAAUGUGGCACAUUCAGGUACCUGGAAAUUGUACCUAAAGACAGUCUAUUAUUUUAGAAUGAUUGUCUUUUGACACAAUGUGUGUAAAUAUCUGGUUUCAACUACUGUAUAUAUAACAGGGUCCAUAAGAUGUAGAGUAUUUGUGAUGGAAUGCCCAUAUCUUUUUAUGUAUUGCUCCAAUCUUGUGAAAUAUUAGGGACACUACUGGUAAAUGAGGCUGUGCAAAGUAUUAAUAGCAGAUGUGUUGAUAAAUUAAAUGUUUGAUUUUUCAAAACUUUUCAGUAAAAAAUUGAAGUCUUUUUACACAUACUUAAAAGUAAUACAAGUUUUCAAGUUCUGAGCCCAAUAACUAAGACAUACAGUUAUAAUAUUCCUU